AUGCUGCAGCGAAGUGUACUUGAAUAUGGCGGCCGUACUGACGUGACAAUUUCAAGAAGUUCACUGCAAACCGUGCCGACCAAGGUGUCGACGUCGACUUUCGAGUCUAGCUAUUUUAUGUCUAUCUACUCCUGCCCCGCCCACGCUUUUAGCAUUGGCUGGCUGGAAUUAUCCUUGCCGCUGAUUGGCUGAGGUCGCUGCCUGUUCAGUGGGACAAUAUUCAUUUACCGCGUGCUUUAGCUUGCUAGCAUCAAAUUAGGGAUCAAGUUCUGGAUUAUCGGUAAAGCACGGAAACAAACAAACAAUUACCGAAAUGUCUUCGGACCGGGCCAAGGAAAUUUUAAAGGGCUUUAAACUAAACUGGAUGAAUCUUCGGGAUGCAGAGACGGGUAAAGUCCUGUGGCAGGGAACAGAAGAUCUGUCCGUCCCAGGAGUCGAACAUGAAGCUCGUGUCCCAAAGAAGAUCCUUCAGUGUAAAGCGGUGUCCAGAGAACUGAACUUUUCUUCCACGGAGCAGCUGGAGAAGUUCAGGUUGGAACAGAAAGUUUUCUUCAAAGGACAGUGUCUAGAAGAAUGGUUCUUUGAGUUUGGUUUUGUAAUCCCAAACUCCACCAACACAUGGCAGUCCCUGAUAGAAGCAGCUCCAGAGUCCCAAAUGAUGCCAGCCAAUGUUUUAACUGGUAACGUGAUCAUAGAGACAAAGUUCUACGAUAAUGACCUCCAUGUAAGUACGUCCAAGGUACGGCUCUUCUAUGUCUGACCCCUGACCCCUGACAUCUGACUCACCCCUCCAAACUGCUGGCAUCCUGCUCAGUUGUAUAAAUAAAACCCUGGAGGUUAGCUCCAGUCGGCAGCAGUUCACAGUUCUUAACUGUUCUGGGAUCAACACUUGUGGGUCAGACUGGUGCAACCUUCAGCGAAGCGAGCUCUGUCAUUCUCCUGUUUUCUGUUGAUUUGGAGAACUUCUUCUAAACUUCGGGACAAGACGGACGAGAAGGACAACUACCCCCAUUUCAGGUUUAUCUUCCUCUGUAACUCCACGACCACCAAGAUGAGAAAAAUGCUGACGUAAAAUCAUUCGUUUUUAAUCUGUUUUCUGGUUGAAUUUUGUCCAAGUUUGCAUUAACUCAGGAAGAGAACGUCAGGGAAGUCAUUCCAGAUAUAAACGCUUCACCAUAAAGAUAAAAAAUGCUAUCCUACCACAUAGACUGUACAGAACACAUCAAGCUAAAUGUUUGUAAAACAGUUGUCCAGUAACUCUUUAUACAAACAAUAGCAUAAAACUAAAUCUUUUGUUCUUUAUUGUCACAACUCUGUCUUAGUUCAAAGAUUAUGGUACCACUGCUGACAUAUGAAGAAAUUACUAUUUUAACAAAAUUUCAGUUUGAAAGACAUUUUGUUGAAAUGUGGACUCAUUUUGGUUUAUAACAAAUGAUACUCCUCCAUCCAUUCUGUUUGUGAAAUAAGAACAAUGUUGGACUGUAAGAAAGAUUCAUGUAGAGAAACGUUAUCAUAUGUGAGGACCAGAACUGCUAAAUUAUCUGUAGUCCUUUAGAGCAGUGGUCCCUAGUCCUGAUCCUCAGGAUCAGCUUUCCUGUAAGUUUUAAAUAAUUCUCUGACUUGAUUCAAAUGUUCGGAUCACCGCCUCAACAUGUCAUUGAUUUCUGUAGAAACCCAACAAAGAUUGGUUCAUUAAAUGUGGUGUGUUGAAGCAGGAAACUUUGAAAAUACUUAUGGGAAUUCUCUUUCCUGGGAUCUGGAUCAUUUGGUUCAGUGUUCAGCUCACAAACAAUGAUCCAGAUCCCAAGAACGAGCCAGAUUUCCCCACACUCAAGUGAAACUUGCAGCAUAAAGACUCCUGUGGACUUGGAAGAUGAGGGACUGUUGAUCUAAAGAAAGCGUUCUCUACAGUGGGCUUUUCCAGAACAAUGUUUCUUACUUUCUGAUGACAUGACAGCCUAGUCCAGUUCACCACAGAAGACAGAGAUGAACUGGAUCAUAGCUUCACGUGACAGUUUAUAUCUCUUGUAUAAAAAUUAGGAUGUGGGACUUUCACCAGCAAACAUUCUAUUUUAGAAGAGAUUUGCUCCCUUUGCUUUAGAGUCAGAUGUGAUCUUUGUGUAAAACUUUUAACACAUCAGCUCUUUCACCUGUUUCUGUAGUCCAUGUGUUUGUUUCUAUAGUCCACCUGUUUCUGUAGACCACCUGUGUUUAUAUCUGAAGUCCUCCUGUUUUUGUUUUUAUAGUCCACCUGUGUUUAUAUCUGAAGUCCUGUGUCUGUAGUCUACCUAAUUUUUUUGUUUUGUUUUUGUAGUCCACCUGUUUGUUUCUAUAGUCCAGCUUUCUGAAGUCCUGUUUUUGCUUCUAGUCCACCAGUUUCUAUAGUCCACCAGUUUUUGUUGCGAUAGUCCAUCAGUUUCUAUAGUCCACCAGUUUCUAUAGUCAACCAGUUUUUGGUUCUAUGGUCCACCAGUUUCUAUAGUCCACCAGUUUUUGUUUCGAUAGUCCACCAGUUUCUAUAGUCCACCAGUUUUUGUUUCGAUAGUCCACCAGUUUCUAUAGUCCACCAGUUUUUGUUUCGAUAGUCCACCAGUUUCUAUUGUCCACCAGGUUCUAUAGUCCACCAGUUUUGAUUAUCCACCAGUUUCUAUAGUCCACCAGUUUUUGUUUCGAUAGUCCACUAGUUUCUAUAGUCCACCAGUUUUUGUUUCGAUAGUCCACCAGUUUCUAUUGUCUACCAGGUUCUAUAGUCCACCAGUUUUGAUUAUCCACCAGUUUCUAUAGUCCAGUUUUUGUUGCGAUAGUCCACCAGUUUCUAUAGUCCACCAGUUUCCAUAGUCAACCAGUUUUUGGUUCUAUAGUCCACCAGUUUCUAUAGUCCACCAGUUUUGUUUCGAUAGUCCACCAGUUUCUAUUGUCCACCAGGUUCUAUAGUCCACCAGUUUUGAUUGUCCACCAGUUUCUAUAGUCCACCAGUUUUUGUUUCAGUAGUCCACCAGUUUCUAUAGUCCACCAACCAGUCUCUGUUGGAUUCAGAGAUUGAGGACUGUUCCAGUGUCUGUGGAGAUUCUAACUUCCACUUCACCAUGUUUGACAUGAAUUUUUUUAGCUGUUAA